AUGUGCAUGAGCGGCAUCGUAGUACAGCACGUACAAGCGCCAAUGAGAUAUUCUGUAGGCGAAGCAUGUCCUGCUGAACGAACCAAUGCUGCAGCCAGCGCUUGGACAACUUGGCCGAAAAAAGAAAGCCGCCACGACUUCCUGAUCUUCGUGCCGAUCAUGCUCCACCUUCUUCACCUGUGCCAAUCAUGCAAUGGGUCUCGACCUCCGCAACAACAUGCAGGUACGUGUGGGCUCAGUAGCCACUUGAACCUCACUGUCACUUCUGAGCUUCCACUGACAACAACCAUGUCAGCCCCGAUCACAGUGCGCAACCUCACCGCGCAACCGCUCACGAUCAAGGUCGUCGAGCGGUAUGAAAGCCCCGACUCGCAGGAUGGCUCGCAAGAAGGCCGGCGUGGAUCUGCUUUCAGCGUUGGCAACAUGACCAAGAACUUCACGAACAUGACCACUACUCUCAUGAGCAAUGUUACCGGUGGAGCGCCGCCUACUCACGCACAGCUCGGCGAAAAGGCCGAAAGGUUUGCUCGCGAGGAAGUUGAUGUCCGCAUGGAGCCAUUUACCACUCACAAGACGGAUAUCAAGGCCAGUGAACGGAAGCCGGGCGAUGUUCUACGACUGACAGUGCAUGGUGAUGGUCCUGGACGCUGGCGCAUUGAUACUCCCACGCCAUCGGCAGCAUCUCAUAAGCUCUUGCCACUGGUGGACAAUCCAGCGCAUGACUAUACGGCCAUUCACCUGCCGCAGUCGUCAUUCCUGGCCAUCGUGGAGUCCACUGAUCAGCGCAACUGGAUGAAAGAGUUCGAGAAUGAAACCCCACUCUCUGCUCUCAGUAUACCAGGCACGCACAACUCUCCAACAUGCCACAAGGCACUGCCUUCCGUACGUUGCCAAGCCGUCGGACCAAAGGAGCAGCUGACCAACGGCGUACGCUUCUUCGACAUCCGCGUGCAGCCAAGCAAUCCCGAGGACGCGAAAGAUGACUCUCUCAAUCUUGUGCAUGGUGUCUUUCCAAUCUCUCUCACGGGUCCGAAGAAGUUUCGUGGCCUCCUGAACGAAGUCGAGGAGUUCCUCCGCGAGAAUCCAACAGAGACAGUUAUCCUGUCGAUGAAGCGCGAGGGACCUGGAAACGCGACGGACCAGCAGCUUUCGGUCAUACUUCGUGAUCAUUACGCAGCUGAUACAAACAAGUGGUAUACCGAGCCACGAAUCCCCAAGCUUGGCGAAGUGCGUGGGAAGAUCAUACUGAUGCGCCGCUUCGCCCUUGCAGAUCGGCUAAAGCAAGAGCACGGCGGCCGAGGAUGGGCACUGAAUGCAGAAAACUGGGCGUACAACACCCCAGACUGCACGCACGGCGACGUCAGAGUCCAAGACUUCUGCGAAGUACUCGAAACGGAGAACAUCGACAAGAAGAUUGGCCUCUGCUGUGAUCACUUUGAGCGAGCUGGGCAGGUAGUAUGCCCGGUUCCUGGAGUCACUACCGACGAAGCGAACCCGGUUCCUGCAGGUCCUCUGUACAUCAACUUUUUGUCAGCGUCGAACUUUUGGAAGGUUGGAUGCUGGCCGGAUAAGAUUGCUGCGAAGCUGAAUCCUGCGGUGACGGCAUUCUUGUGUGAGAAGCACGAUGUUGGCGACAAGGGUGCUGAUGGACCAGGUGAAGCGUUUCCUGGUGAUGGUGGUGUGGGCAUUGUUGUGUGCGACUGGGUCGGCAAAGAUGGCGAUUGGGAUCUGGUCAGGACGAUCGUGACGAUGAAUAGUCGCUUGCUGCUGAGGCAACGCGGCCGGGGUUGGAAGUGA